AUGGCCAACAACGACAUGGUUAACCGGGGCAUGACCCAGGUCUUUACUGGACUUGGGAUUCUACUCGGUGCCGGUCGCAUCAGCAAUGAAACCCAUGAAACUAUCUUGGGUCUCAUCGAUGCAGAUCAAAACCGUACCAACACCGACGCCACUCCUACGGCGGCGGAGACAACAAUUGGCCUCCCAGGUCCGGGAAAAGAGACGCCUGUUUCCAUGCGAUCUCAAGAUCUCCUCGGGUUGGGUAAUGAGUUUGGGGGCAUGUCUAUCGGAGACAAGCACGGCCGUGGCUCGACUGGUACGAAGUCUGGAAGCCAGUCCAAGAUCAUCUGUCCUUGGUGGUCUACAGCUGGCUAUACCUGCCGCGAUUACGAAAAUGGAGAAUGCAAAUUCUACCAUGAGGAUAUUCCGGAUGGACUACGUCAGCCGCUGAUUUGCCAUUUUUGGGCGGAUGGUAACCGGUGUACUAAGCCCCAAGACGCCUGCCGAUUUGCCCAUUACCACGCUCAGCAUCGGGCUAUUGCUCCUAUGCCUACCAAGAGGAAGCUUGAGAAGACAUCCACUGGGCUGGACUAUAGUGAGCAUUUUGCGAUGCCCCGCCCAGCCGUGCUAUCCAAAGAAAGUGAGGUUGGCAAAUGGCAUAGCCGGCCACGACCACCUCCUGAAGAUGACUGGUAG